AAGUAUAGAACAACGCGGCAGGAAGACUGGGAUGAUGAACCGUCAUUUGCGGGCUUAAAUGUCAACUCCAGCCCGGACAAGGUCACCUUGCAUGGCAUUGCAUGAGUGGAGCACUCGUCGAGCUGCUCAAGUCUAGUUUGGACUGCACCUCGGCACCGCUCGGCUCGGCGUCUCGUUCGCAUCCUCGGUGGGGGGGAGAAGCUGAGGACUUUGACUCAGAGUCUGCACUGGAUUGAUGGCGUCUGCACCGUCCUCCUCCUCCGAUGGCGAUCCGGAUCCCAACGCGACAAAUUUACGGCCACCGGGCUCAAGCUAUGACGCUUGGUGUGGAGUUGCUCAUGGAUGUACACGAAAAUUGGGAAUGAAGAUUUAUGGUUUCCUGCAGAAGAACAACAGCGUGGAGGAGGGCAGCAGGUUCGUGGGCUCGUUCAAGGAGCGCGCGGCCAGGAGCCUCAUGUUCACUUGCGACAACAGCAGCGGAGGCACGCGCUUCACACGCACGGAGACCGACUUCUCCAACCUGUUUGCCAGAGAGCUCUUACCUGCCAAAAAUGGAGAGGAGCCCACCAUGCAGUUCUUGCUGGAGGUGGUGGAAAUCCUCAUCAGCUACAUUCGCAAAACCUUCGACAGAUCCACCAAGGUUCUGGACUUCCACCACCCACACCAACUGCUGGAGGGCAUGGAGGGCUUCAACCUGGAGCUCUCGGAGCAGCCCGAGUCCCUGGAACAGAUCUUGGUGGACUGUCGGGACACCCUCAAGUAUGGCGUGAGGACAGGUCAUCCCAGGUUUUUCAACCAGCUCUCCACUGGAUUAGACAUCAUUGGCUUGGCAGGAGAGUGGCUCACCUCGACGGCAAAUACAAACAUGUUCACCUAUGAGAUCGCACCCGUCUUCGUACUGAUGGAGCACCUGACGUUGAAAAAGAUGCGAGAAUUCAUCGGCUGGCCCGAGGGGGAGGGAGAUGGAAUAUUUUCUCCAGGAGGAGCCAUCUCCAACAUGUAUGGCGUGAUGAUUGCACGCUACAAGUUCUUCCCUGAGGUGAAAACCAAAGGCAUGGCAGCUGCACCUCGACUGGUCCUCUUCACCUCUGAGCAUAGCCACUACUCAAUCAAAAAAGCCAGCGCAGCAUUGGGCUUUGGAACAGACAACUUGAUCCUGCUCAACACCGAUGAGAGGGGGAGAGUCAUUCCUGCCGAUUUGGAAGCCAAAGUAAUCGCAGCCAAGCAAAAGGGCUACGUCCCCAUGUAUGUGAACGCCACGGCCGGCACCACAGUCUACGGAGCCUUCGAUCCCAUCAAUGAAAUCGCUGACAUCUGCGAAAAAUACAACAUGUGGCUACAUGUGGACGGUGCAUGGGGAGGAGGUUUGCUGAUGUCUAGGAAACACAGACACAAGCUGAAUGGGGUCGAGAGGGCCAACUCAGUCACCUGGAACCCCCACAAGAUGAUGGGGGUGCCUCUGCAGUGUUCCGCCAUUCUGGUCCGAGAGAAGGGCUUAUUGCAAGGCUGCAACUCUAUGUGCGCUGGCUACCUGUUUCAGCCAGAUAAGCAGUACGACGUGGCGUACGACACAGGAGAUAAGGCCAUUCAGUGCGGUCGCCAUGUUGACAUAUUUAAGUUCUGGCUCAUGUGGAAAGCAAAGGGAACAGUGGGAUUUGAACAACAUAUCGACAAGUGUCUGGAACUGUCAUCAUACCUAUACUACAAAAUAAAAGACAGAGAAGGCUUCAAGAUGGUGUUUAACACAGAGCCACAGCACACCAACGUAUGCUUCUGGUACCUUCCGCUGAGCCUACGUGGCAUGCCUGCUGGUAAAGAGAGACAAGAGAGGUUGCACAAGGUGGCCCCAAAGAUCAAGGCCAUGAUGAUGGAGUCUGGCACCACAAUGGUGGGCUACCAGCCUCAAGGAGAGAAGGUCAACUUCUUCCGCAUGGUCAUAUCCAACGCGGCUGCUACCAGGUCAGAUAUCGACUUUCUGGUGGAGGAAAUCGAGAGACUCGGGCACAAUUUGUAAGAGCCAAACGUGCAUUGCGAAGUGCACAGUCCAUACACACAAAAAGGCACAUCAUUAGGUACACCUGCACAAUCCAAUGAGCUCCGAUACACGCAGUGUAUCAAGACGUCUAAUUGUUAUUUUUGGAAUAAGUUGGUGUGUUGGUUCUCAUUACACCGUGUACCUAAAGUUGUGGCCUGUGAUACAUGGAGCAUAUGAUGCAUUUGCUCUUAUCUACUGAUGAGUGACCACAAAUAACGGCAUGUAUUCUAUGCAGAAUAGUUCAGAAGACUGAAUGAACAUAAAAACAGAGCACAACCUGAUAGCAUUGACGUAAGUUAUUCAUAAUAUAUAUGUACCUGUAUGUUGAUGGACCAUGUUGUUUAUGUCAUGCUCAAAUCAGUCAUUCAGUAAUAUAAAGUACUAUAUACAGUAUGAUGCAGUCAAUGUAAUAUGUAUUGUACUUAUUAUGGCUGUGUUUUUAGAUAUUUUCUGUGUAGAUUGUGUAUACUAUUGUUACAAAGUAUGUGUUUUACGGUGACAAAACCUUAUAUGUAAAUCAACCCUACUCUAUAACAGAUUUAUCACUUUAUUUUAGUGAAGAGACAAUAAUUGUUAAUAGUGAAUCUGCUGUUCCUUUCCAUGUGUAAAAUACUCUUGGUUAUAUCUGUUGUUUUAUAUAUCAAUGUUUUUGGAUUUCAUCAGUCAUCAUUAGUGAGCCAAAGAUGGGUUGAGUUCCAUCAACAAAUGUGCUCAUUGCCUGUAUGGUCCAUUAUGGAUAAAAUCACAUGUUUAUAAAACAAUAAUUUAACUGUGCAAUACGUGUCGUGUUAACUGUGCAAAGUCGUUUUGUUGGAAGAAAAGCACAAUGGUAAAAUGCUAACGACAACGAUUGUUUCUAAGAUUACAUGGCCGUCGGAGUGACAAUUAACCACAAUACGCAACAUGCUCGCCGAAGGCACACUUUCUGUGAACCACUUGAGUGUUUGUCAUGAAGAAUUUAGCUUGCACAGUGUUUGCUGUUGUUGUAAGAACUAAAAAAAACAAAAAACAUUUCUGAAUCAGAUUAAAUGUGAAUGUAGGGACUUUAACUUCUCAUUUACGGUAUUACUGUUGUAACCUCAGCACUAAUAAAGUUGUGAGCUGUUGAGCA